UACUUGUAUUGUUGAAUUAAUUAUGAAAAAUGUAUGUAUAAAUUCUAUGGGUAUAUUUACAUUUUCAAGCAUUAGUAUUCAAUAAGUAAGUGUCAAACAUAUUGUCAAGAGAUUUAUCAAGUAGUUUAGUGGAAAAACAAGGUAAUCCUUGUUACUAUUAAAAAAUAUGACGCAAAGACGAACAAAGCAGCAAGUAGGAUUAAAAAACCCAGUAUAUUAUUUUUCAAAAUGGGCGCGAAGGUCAAGGACACGCAAAACCCAAAAAUUUACUCUUAACUGUGUAGUUUUAGUAGAUUGUUUUAUUAGGAUUAAAAGUGCCAUUUUUUGCGACGAGCAAAUUUUGCAUUUGCGAGGCGGAGCGAAGCGAAGCCGAGCGGAUGCAAAAUUGCGAGUCAAAAACUGACUUUUAAUCCGAAUGAAACAUACUACUUUUUCGCCAGCCAAAAAGUAAAUCUCAAAAAUACAAAAUAUUGAUAACAAUAAUAUCGAGCAGAAAUGAAUCAAUCUGCAAAGUAGUCUGGUAUCCACGUCGUCAAGGCUUUUUUUGUUUGCUUACAUACCAUUGUUUUGUGAAAACGUUUGCAGUGUUAAUAAUGAAUCCUGAAGAAGAGUUACCUCCCGAUGUGCUAGAAGAAGCACAAAACGUGGUACUGAACUUGUUACCAACAAAAUCGCGCGAAGUGUAUGAGUGCGCGUAUACCCGCUUCAUCAAAUGGUGCGAAGGGAAAAAGAUUCAAACUUAUUCUGAGAACGUCCUAUUGGUAUAUUUUUCCGAAUUGGCUACAAAAAUGAAGUCAUCCACACUGUGGUCGCAGUAUUCCAUGGUGAAAGCAACUUUAAAUAUAAAAAAUGGCAUAGAAAUCGGAAAGUAUUCAAAAUUAAAAGCGUUUAUAAAGAAACAAGGAGAAGGAUACGUUCCAAAGAAAUCAAGGGUUUUAACUAAUGAACAAAUAGAAGUUUUCUUAGACACGGCUCCGGAUUUCAAAUUCCUGAUGAUGAAAAUUGUUGUAAUCUUUGGCGUUAGCGGAGCUUGUCGGUGUCACGAACUAUUACAAAUAAAAACUGAAGAUAUUGAAAAUAUUAAAGCAGGUUUAUUGGUAAAAAUUCCUGAUACCAAAACGAAAAAACCCAAAUCAUUUACGGUUAUGGGGGAAAAGUAUUUGAAAUUUUACGAAAAGUAUGUUGCGCUUCGUCCAAAAAUGUUUAAUGAAGGUCGGUUUUUUAUUAAAUAUGUCGACGGAAUGUGCCAUCGACAAGUAGUUGGCAUUCAUAAAAUUAGUGGUGUACCCCAAGAAGUAGCCAAAUAUUUAAAGCUAGAAAACUUUAAAGAAUACAGCGGACAUUGCCUACGUCGGACUUCUGCCACGCUUUUUGUGGAUUCUGGCGGUGAUAUUACGUCCCUCAAGAGGCACGGUGGGUGGAAAUCUGACAGUGUAGCCGAAGGUUACAUAGAAGAGUCUCUUAAACACAAAAAAGAUGUAGCAAAAAAAAUUUUUCGUUUGGAAGAACCAGGUACAAGUAGUGAAACCACAAGUAAAAUACAUGAAGACGCAACGAAUAGGAAUGUGAGCGAAGUAAACCUAGAAGAAUCAGGUACAAGUAGUGGAACUACGAAUAGAAUGAUCACACGUGAAGACGGAAUAAGUACGAAUGUGGGAGCAGUAAACCUGAAUUUUGACACUGUGACCAACCAGACAGCAGGAGCGGUAGAAGUGUUAGCGCAAAAUAUUAUUACUGACCGCAUGAAAAAUGAUAAUAGUGACGGAAAAUCUUUAAUCCAAAUCAAUCGCAGUUGUUCUUAUUGUACAUUCAAUAUUAAUUUUAAAAUUUAAAUAAUUAAUAACAAUGUAAGUUAAUAAUAAAAUUGGAAAAUAUUAAUAGCAUUUCAUUCUCAAAAUAAAACAAUUGAAAACUUUUUAAGGCUAGGAUUAAAAAAAAAAAUUAAUGCUAGGAUUAAAAAGGCAAAAAUGACGUUGUUACUUUAGUAACGCAACUUUUUUUUACUCUCACAAAAACGUCAAGUUUUCCGUCCAAAAUUGACGUUAAAAGUGACAUCUUUUAAGACGGCUGGCGAAAAAGUAUAUUUUUACACCUCCUUAUUUUACUUUAUCGACAAUGCUAGUGACUGAUCUGUCAGUUGAGACGUCAAGAACCGCAUUAAAUUUGAAUCGUUUCUAUGAGCGCGUUUUAUCGCAAUAUUUAUGAUAUAUUAUGUUCUUACGGAGUGGAGAAGUUAGAAGAACAACUUAAAAGCACCCAGCAGAGAUCCUAAAAGAACAGAUUUAUAAAUAUUACGUCUAGGGUAAAUGCUAUGGCAGUGACGAGAGCAAGAGGAAUUAUCCACCUAUUUUUCAAUACUCCUACCACUGUCAGUAUAAUCCAGUUGAACUGGCGUAGGGAGAGUGUAAACUAUAUUACAAUAAACAUAUUCGGGAACGCGGUGGUCCUAUUGGUGUUGUACAGUCCUUAUGGCGGGAGGCUCUUUCUACAGUAGGUGCAGGAAAUGGCAAAAUUUUAUUAGACAUUGUGAACGGCUGAUCAGGGAUGAUUGGAAGCGUUUAAUGGGUAAUGCACCAUAUGAAGACAUACCCCCCAAUCAAAUUUCUCUCGAUUCUGAUUCUGAAUCGGAAUGUUUUUCUAAUAACUUGUCAGCUUGUCACUUUUUCAUUUGGCAUUUAAUGUCAACAAUAAUCAGCAUUAAGUCCUCAACGCAAACGGCUCUAAAGUCCUUGUUAUGUACAGUAGCAGUGUUGAAACAUGAGAGUGAAAGCAAUAUAAAUUCUGUGUUUUUUGUUAUAUAACAUACUAUUUAGU